UCCCCUGCGGAGUUGCGGACAGGCCCAGGGAGGGAGGCAGGGAGGAGAGGCAAGUCUGGCAGGGCGGGGCGAGCGGCCGUGCGAGGUCGGGCUCCGGUUCCUCUCCACCUGCCCGGGCCAGCGGCGAGCUCACCGGCUAUGGGCAGCCGCGGGCCGGGGGGCGGCGGGGCGGCUCCGAGCCCCGCUGAGCGCUGAUCCCGCGGGGUGCGCCAUGGGCGACCGCGAGCGCAACAAGAAGCGGCUGCUGGAGCUGCUGCAGGCGGCGGGGACCGGCAACGCGCAGUGCGCGGACUGCGGAGCGGCGGAUCCCGACUGGGCCUCUUACAAACUGGGCAUCUUCAUCUGUUUGAACUGCUCCGGGGUCCACCGCAACUUCCCAGACAUCAGCAAAGUGAAAUCCGUGCGACUUGACUUUUGGGACGACAAUCUUGUGGAGUUUAUGACCCAGAAUGGGAACCUCCGAGUGAAAACCAAGUAUGAAGCCAGAGUCCCAGCUUUCUACUAUGUCCCCCAGGCCAAUGACUGCCUGGUCUUAAAGGAACAAUGGAUUAGAGCUAAAUAUGAAAGACAGGAAUUUAUGACUGAUGGGAAGACCAUCUCAUAUCCAGGUAACCGUGAGGGGUUCCUGUGGAAACGGGGAAGGGACAAUGCUCAGUUCCUGAAAAGGAGGUUUGUCCUCCUGGCAAGUGAAGGCCUCCUGAAGUACUACACUAAGGAAGAGGGUAAAGGACCGAAAGCUGUCAUUAGCAUCAAGGACUUAAAUGCUACCUUCCAGACAGAGAAGAUUGGGAAUCCCCAUGGCCUACAGAUCACCUACAGGAAAGAGGGUCACAUCAGGAACCUCUUUGUGUAUCAUGAAAAUGGAAAGGAGAUAGUGGACUGGUUCAAUGCCCUCCGUGCAGCACGUCUGCAAUACCUAAAGAUGACCUUUCCUGAGCUCCCAGAGUCUGAGCUUGUUCCCCUCAUCACCAGGAACUACCUCAAGCAAGGCUUCAUGGAAAAGACUGGUCCAAAGCAAAGAGAACCUUUUAAGAAAAGGUGGUUUGCCCUGGAUCCCCAGGAGCGGAGGCUGCUCUAUUAUAAACACCCAUUGGAUGCCUUUGAGCAGGGCGAGGUUUUUCUUGGGAGGAAGGAGCAGGGCUAUGAAGUAUAUGAAGACUUGCCCAAGGGCAUCCGAGGGAAUCGCUGGAAAGUUGGCCUCUGCAUCAUCACCCCGGAACGGAGAUUCAUCUUCACCUGUGCCAGUGAGAAGGACCAGCGGGAAUGGCUGGAGAGUUUCCGGGAUGUCCUCUCCCGACCCUUGACACCCCUCAGCCUCCUCACUGCAUCAACAGAGAGUGGCUGCAGCAGCAGGUGAUCCACUGACUGGGGAGCUGGCUGGCCACUGGCCACCCUGAGCUCCUGAAGGGGAGCUAUCACUUCAACUCUAGUUGCCCAGCAGGAGUGCUCUGCAGUUGGCAGCCAUCACUGGCGAUGAACCUGACCAAGACUGAAUCAUUGGCCAUUACCCAACUGCUCCCUGGGUUUCCUCACUGCCCAGGCUUGGAUGUCGGGAGAUCUAGUACAUGUCGUCAGGACAGCUGAAGUGAAGGCGUGGUAAUGUAAAGAUACCCACAGCAUCAUUCAAGUGGCAUACUUGCUCAGGAAAAAAAAAAGACAACAUUCUAAACCUUGCCAUGAGGAAAUAAUCAGACAAAUUCACAGUGGGAAUAUAUUCUGCAAGAUGACUGGCCUACAAAAGGGCUCUUAAAAAAUGUCAAUAUCAGUUUCUCUCUGUGUGUUUCUCUCUCUC